CGGCACCACAAGACCCAUGGUGCCCGGCCAGUCCCCCGUGCCGCCACCUUUUAAGGCUGGAGACCGGGACUCCCCCUCACUCCCCCCGCCAGGUGGCGGCACGAGGUCUCCCGGCCGGGCGGCGGCCAUCUUGAGAGCGGGCUGCCCGCUUCCUAGAUGGCCGCUGCCUUCUCGUCGCGCGGCCUGCCUGCCCGGGGAUGACGGGCGCCGCCUCGCUGCUGCUGCUGGUGCUCCGGCGCGGGGGCCGCGGCCUCCUCCGGCCCGAGGCUCCUCUACCGGGCGGCGCUCGGGGGGCUCUGGGCCGCCGCUGGACCCGGGCCCCCGCGGAGCGCAGGCCAGGCGACGACCUUCAGCUCCGGCUGCCCGGCGCGCUCUCCAGGGGCUGCCGGGCCUGGCCUGCGUGGACCCCCGCCCGGCUGUGGAGGCUGCUGGAUGAGAGGUAUCUGGCCUUGACUGCAGGCUUCCUUACUGGUGGCACCUGCUGCUAUUUUUCUACAUCUGGUUCUCAUCGCAAUGACCGAAGUGGGAAAAAGCCCAAAGGGAAAUCCCCAAAGGAAGAUGAGGAGGAAAAGAGACGCCGGGAGAGGGAAGACCAGAUGUAUCGCGAGCGGCUGAAGGUCCUCUUCUUCAUAGCCAUCAUCAUGAGCCUGCUGAACUCGCUGACCAGCAGCGCGGGAAGCAUCUCCUGGAACGACUUUGUCAACGAGCUGCUGGCCAAGGGGGAGGUGCAGAGUGUGCAGGUGGUGCCGGAGAGCGAGAUUGUGGAAAUCCACCUGCACCCAGGGGCCGUGGUCUUUGGUUGGCCCAAGCUGAGCCUGACCUAUGUGAUGAAGGUGGCAAACAUCGACAAGUUCGAGGAGAAAUUGCGAGCGGCCGAAGAUGAGCUGAACAUCGACUUGAGCGACCGAAUCCCCGUCUCUUACAGGCGCAGCAGCUUCUUUGGAAAUGCCCUCUACACCUUGGGAAUGACUGUGGUCAGUGUUGGCAUUCUGUGGUACGUUUUUCGGCUGGCUGGCAUCUCAGGAAGGGAAGGCGCCUUCAGUGCCUUCAACCAGCUGAAAAGGGCUCGCUUCACAAUCGUAGAUGGCAAAUCGGGGAAAGGGAUCAGUUUCAAGGACGUGGCAGGCCUGCACGAGGCCAAGACAGAAGUCAAGGAAUUUGUGGAUUACCUGAAGAGUCCGGAGCGCUACCUCCAGCUGGGUGCCAAAGUGCCCAGAGGGGCCCUCUUGCUUGGGCCACCGGGCUGCGGCAAGACCUUGCUGGCAAAAGCGGUGGCUACAGAGGCCCAAGUGCCAUUCCUGGCAAUAGCUGGCUCUGAAUUUGUGGAGGUGAUUGGCGGCCUUGGCGCUGCCCGGGUGCGGAGCCUCUUCAAGGAAGCCCGGGCGUGUGCCCCGUGCAUCGUCUACAUCGAUGAAAUAGACGCGGUUGGGAAAAGGCGCUCAACAAACAUGUCUGGCUUCUCCAACACAGAAGAGGAGCAAACCCUGAACCAGCUGUUGGUCGAAAUGGACGGGAUGGGGACCACGGACCACGUCAUCGUGCUGGCCUCCACCAACCGAGCGGAUAUCCUGGAUAAUGCCCUCAUGAGGCCCGGGAGGCUGGAUCGCCACAUUUUUAUCGACCUGCCCACUCUGCAGGAGAGAAGGGAGAUCUUCGAGCAACACCUGAAGGGGCUGAAGCUCUCCCAGCCCGGCAGCUUCUACUCCCAGCGGUUGGCUGAACUCACCCCAGGCUUCAGCGGAGCUGAUAUUGCCAACAUUUGUAACGAGGCGGCUCUCCACGCUGCCAGAGAGGGGUACAAAUCCAUCGACACAAUCAGCUUUGAGUGUGCUGUGGAGAGAGUAAUUGCAGGAGCUGUCAAGAGGAACAAGAUCCUUUCGCAGGAGGAGCGGAGGGUGGUGGCAUUCCACGAAUCGGGCCACGCCCUGGUGGGCUGGCUGUUGGAGCACACCGAAGCCGUGCUGAAGGUGUCCAUAGCUCCCCGCACAAACGCUGCGCUGGGCUUUGCCCAGAUCCUGCCCAAGGACCAGUACCUGCUGACCAAGGACCAGCUCUUCGAGCGGAUGUGCAUGGCGCUGGGGGGCAGAGUGGCAGAAGCCAUCACCUUUAACAAAGUGACCACAGGGGCCCAAGAUGACCUCCGGAAGGUCACCAGGAUAGCCUACUCCAUGGUGAAACAGUACGGAAUGAUGCCCUCCAUCGGCCACCUGUCCUUCCCAGAGACGGAAAGCGGUCCAGGGAUUGGACGGCGCCCCUUCAGCCAAGGGCUCCAGCAAGUAAUGGACCAUGAAGCAAAGCUGCUGAUAGCCCAAGCGUACAGGCGCACAGAGAAACUGCUGAUGGACAACCGGGACAAACUGAAGAUGCUGGCAGACGCCCUGUUGGAGAAAGAAGUGAUCAACUACGAGGACAUCGAAGCCCUUCUUGGCCCUCCCCCCCACGGGCCCAAGAAAACGAUCUCUCCCCAGAGCUGGAUAGAAGCCGAGAGAGACAAGCAGGACAGAGGAGAGGAAGAGCCGCCUCCCCAGUUGCCCCCCUACAAGGAGGAGCAGGAGCCUCACCUGAGCUAUGUUUGAAACGCCAUCACGAAGCGAGUAGCCGGUUGGAUUCAGGUUUUUCUUCCAAACUUAGAAGUGCUAAGGAUCCUUAUUUUUGCACCCUGAAUCCAGCCCAGUUUGGAUGGGGGGCAGUGGGCAGGCCAAGCGGUGAACAGUGCCAGAAGCACCAUCUUUGAGACCCCUUUGGCUUUGGUCUGAGAGAACCAACCCAGCUCUCUGCCUGGGGCUUCCUGCUUAGCUAUCCUCACUAGAACCGUUUGGUUGCUGGUACCCAGCAGCCUGAGUCGAUCCCAUUUCUUAGAUCCUAUAGGGCUUUCUUCCUGCUGCUGUGUUUGUGGUGCAUGUAGAAACUGGAGGGACAUGAGCUUUAUCAACAGUUCGGGGCACUGCUGACAGAGAGGAGGAGGAGGAGGAGGAGGAGGACAGGCCCAGUUUUGCCUUUAGGAGGUGGUAGUUCCCAGAGGGAGUGUUUGUUCACAUCUGUCCAAAGCAGUGGGUGCCCCUUGGAGCGUCACCUCACUUCCUCCUCUCCUUGUAGAAUCCUGGAUGACCGUCCCAGGCACUUGGGUGGGGGAGGGACUCUGACUUGUAACACUGGCACUGAGCUAUCUCUGUGCAGAGAGGCGUGUUAGAGAGUUUCGAAGUGGGCCCUUGCAUUGCAGAGUUGAGAAAAGGCAACUAUUCUAGUCCUGCUACCUCAGCGCCCCCUUGUGCCAGACUCUGGUCUCCUGUGAUCAGCAUCUGCCACCCGGUGGUCAGCUGAGGAACCGCACCCCAAUUUGUUCUGGUGGAGAACUCCAGUUAAGCCACCCAGUUCCUGCCUGGUGAUGUUGGGCAUUUCCGAGGGGAAGCUGACUAUAUGCAACACAACUGAAUGGUUCUUGGUGAGGGAGCAAAGGUGGCUGAGAAUCGGGGCUCAGCAGCAUCUAAAGUAAAGCCACAAGCUCCCUAUGCUUGUCUGCAGCCUGGCAACAUCUUUGUGGAAACCCAUUUCUCAAAUUUAGGAACUGCAGCAUAAAUGAAGUGGAAUUUUAGGCUAUACACAUAUAUUUGCCUUUGUUUACACUGGAUGAUCUUGUAUGUUGUUUCCAACAGGCUGCUGUAUUUCAAUAAAGAUUUAGAAGUGCUGCAGAUCCAAGUAUUGUUGAACUUUAAAAGGGGGAGGGUGUUAACUAGGAAAACCACAUUUCCUAUCCUCUGUUCUGAACAAUGUUAUCCUUGGAUUUCGGGGUGACAGAUAUGAUGAUGGUUCUUUAUUUGAUUUUUCUUGAAUCUUCCUCCUGUCUACAUCAAAAAUGGGUUUAUUACAUUUGUGAGUUCAUGAUUUAGUGCUAUAUGAUCAUACUCUUUUUAAACAAUUGUAUGUUAUCCAAUAUUUACACACAAUUUAAAAGAGACAAUCAAAAAGCUAAGAAGGAAACAAAAAGACCAAAACUCAUCCCCUCCAGCAGCCUCCACUCUGGUAAGCAGGGAUUAACUUCAAACAAACAUUCAAGCAGAAAACAAUACCCUAAUGAAGACAUUGACGGGAAGAAAAUCACACCCCACCCACGCAGUGUGAGCUACUGUAUA